AUCAUUAGUUUAGUCUACGGAGAGAACUCAAACGAUUUGUAGCGUGUGUGAGACGUUCUUCGCGACUGUUCGACUCGUUUCAAAGUGUCUGCGGUGUUGACUGGGAAGAAAUUUCCUAUCAUAAAAAGUUGUAGUGUUUCAGUGUUUUUGCGGAUUUGACGGAUAUUCUUUUUGAAUGACUAGGAUCAGCAGCAUCCAGCAUCCGUUCACAGGACGACCAAAUUACGACGAACUACAUCGCCGAAACUGAAACCGAGAGCGCGGUGUUUUUUGUGUUUCUGUGUGUGUAACAACCUGCCAUUGUGUGAGUGGCCAAACGUGCGGUGUAUUUUCUGCAAGCUAUUAUUGUGACAACCAACCAAGCCUCCCUUCCACUUCUUCGGUGUCCCGACACACAGGUCACGUGAAAGUUCAUCUGUGCGGAAAUUCGGGAGCCAUAAAAUCCUGUAGCGUGGCCACGGUGGAAGUUUUGCGGUGGUUACAAUAGUUUUGAAGUUCAUUAACCAACCAAAGCCGAGGCUCGAAGGCAGAAAAGUGUGCGUGGGUGAAAAUCAUAAUAAUAAUAAUACCGAAAGAAAGGGGUAAUGUCAAGUUGAUGGGGUGUCACACGAUGAGUGAGAUGAAAGGAGCUCAACAAUGUCAGUGUCAAUGAAAAGCCCAUCGUGUCGGAUUCUGAUAUCGCUUUGAUCGAUCGAAAGGAUUGUGCGGUGUGCGACGCAGUUUUCCUGUGCUCUUGAUAUAGUUUUUUUUUCAUCUUCCGUUCGUUCGUUCGUCUGUGUAUGUUUUUGCUGCUCCGUUUGCAGUCUCUGGUGUAGUCAAGGUUGAUUACGUUUUUUUUGUUGUUGUUGCCAUUGUGUCAGACUGGCAGAUCGCAGGCAGUAGCAGGAGGACAGCAGAGAAAAAAACGGAAUAUUAAUCCUGCGGCUGGUUGUUUUGCUGCAGUUGAAGCCCCGGCAGGCAGGCAGGCAGGCGGUGUUUUGCUCUAUCGGCAAGGACAGGAAACACACACGCACACACCAACGGAGGAUCAUCUUCGCCCCCCGCACAUCCGGCAUCACCCUGGAACGCUUGUAGCUGGCGGCGGGGGCUGGGUGGCAUUUUGCGUGCGCGGCCGACAGACCUAGGUCAUGGAUCACGCGGUUCACGCGGCCCGAGGAAGACCAUGGAACAAACUGCGCUUCGAAAACAACGAGCUGGAAUGUCUGUACCAGCGGUACACCCUCAAGCUGCAACGGUUCUCCGUGACCGGAGUGGUCGCCCUGGUGGUGGUCCUGUGCGGUGUCAUGGCCGGGCUCAGCCUUGGCUACAAUCAGGCACCGACGUUGCAUAAUGUUUUCAACUCCUUCAUGAGCCUGCUGUUUGCCGUCAUUCUGGCGCUGCUUCAGUUCCGGCUGAUCCGGGAUUCCCAUCUGCCCUAUCUCUGCUACGGGAUACUGUUCUUUACGGCGGCCUUCUGUUUCAUCUCGAUGCCAACGGUGGGAAUUGUUUUCCCGGUGGAUACCCGGGAGGUGAUGGCCGAAGGCGUCUGGCAGAUUGUGUUUGUGGUUUUUCUCGCCUACGCCAUGAUGCCGCUGCAGAUCUGGGAGGCGGUUCUGUUCGGGAUCAUUUUGCCGGCUAUUCACGUCGGACUGACCGGGUACAACAUCUACAAUGGGAACUUUCAGUACCUGGCGUAUCAACAGCUGGCCGCUAACAUUGUUAUCUUCGUCGGGGUCAACGUGGCCGGACUGGUGGUGAACGUGAUGAUGGAACGUGCCCAGCGGCGGGCCUUCCUCGAUACCCGGAACUGCAUCGCGGCCCGGCUCGAGAUGGAGGAUGAAAACGAAAAGCUGGAACGGCUGUUGCUGUCGGUGCUGCCGCAGCACGUCGCCAUGGAAAUGAAGAACGAUAUUCUUUCGCCGGUCGAAGGUCAGUUCCACAAGAUCUACAUCCAGAAGCACGAAAACGUUAGCAUACUGUUCGCGGACAUCGUCGGUUUUACGGUGCUGGCAUCGCAGUGCAGUGCCCAGGAGCUGGUGCGACUGCUGAACGAACUUUUCGGACGGUUCGAUCAGCUGGCACACGACAACCAUUGCUUGCGGAUUAAGAUUCUGGGCGAUUGUUAUUACUGCGUUUCGGGGAUUCCGGAACCGAGAGCCGACCACGCCCGGUGUGCGGUGGAAAUGGGUCUGGAUAUGAUCGAUGCCAUCGCUUCGGUGGUGGAACAGACGGACGUCAUUCUGAACAUGCGAGUUGGCAUCCAUUCCGGUCGGGUGCUGUGUGGAGUGCUGGGAUUACGGAAGUGGCAGUUCGAUGUGUGGUCCAACGAUGUUACGCUGGCCAAUCACAUGGAAAGCGGUGGAGAACCGGGACGGGUUCAUGUGACCCGUGCAACGCUGGAUGCUCUCGGUGGAGAGUACGAGGUCGAGGCCGGUCACGGAGAUACGAGAGAUUCCUAUCUGCGGGAUAAUCAAAUCGAUACCUAUUUCAUUGUGCCACCUGCUCACAGAAGAAAGCCCCUGAUGCUCAACACCCUGGGCGUUCGGUCGGCCCUGGGGGCGGCUAACCGGCGCAAGCUGUCCUUCCGGAACGUAUCGAACGUGGUGGUUCAGUUGCUGCAUACCAUCAAGUACUCGGUGCCGGUGCCGUUCUCGCACAUGGCAACCGGCGGAUCACCGUAUCCGGGCGGAACUGGACCGGGCGGUGGGAGUGCCGCCGCCGGCGGUGGAAUGUUUCUCGACAAAAAUGCUCGCAAGAACAAGGUGACGGAUAAGUUCAAGCGACCGUUCAAGAAACGUCACUCCAGCGUGUACCACCAGCCGUCGAAUCGGGUCAACAAGUUCCUGUCCCAGGCGAUCGAGGCCCGCAGUGUCGACCGGGAAAAGUCCGUUCACGUCAAGCGGAUUUCGCUGCAGUUCCGCGAGAAGGAAAAGGAACGGCAGUACCAUCAGGAUUUCGAUCUCGGCUUCACGACCGCCAUGGGUUGCAGUUUGCUGCUGUUGAUCCUCAGUGCUGGACUACAGAUCUCUGCUUUACCACGUACAUUAAUACUGCUGCUCCUGUUUUUGACAGCUUUCGUAUGGAUAAGCUCAAUCCUGAUGCUUUUGCUGGCCGUUCGACUGAAGUGGAUCUUUUGGGAUCUAUCACAGAGUUUCUCGCUUAGGCUGGCCAUUACCGUGUUCACGAUCGUGCUACUUUACUCGGUCGGUCAGGUCAAUGUGUUUACCUGUCUGUCGGACCAUCCGUGCACGACCAAUUUUACUACCAAAGCCGGAGCGGAUUUACCACUGAAGGCAAAUGGCAACCUUCAUCAGGCAUCCUCCGCUGUACUGGCCUCUCACGAGACGAGUCUACCUUUUGCGGGGAGUGAAACGCACGGUCCACCUCCGGAAGCAGCCAUCAUGAAUAACUAUGCCCACCGGAAGUGUGCUUUACCGCAGUACAUUGCCCUAUCGGCAGCCUUCUCCUUCCUAACGGUGUCCAUUUUCCUAAGAUUACCGAUCAUGGUCAAGACAUUCCUGAUCACCCUGAUGGGUGUGAUGUACUGUCUGUUCAUCGAACUGUCGCACACCAACAUCUUCGACUGUUACGAUCAGCGGGUCGAGUCGGCGAUUCCCCUGCACACGAUCUCGCUGGCGAGGAUCGUCAUCUUCAUGAUCGCCAUAUUGGCUCACGGACGGCAAGUGGAAUGGACGGCCCGGUUGGACUUUUUGUGGCAACUGCAAGCAUCACAGGAGAAAAAGGAAAUGUCCGUACUGCAACAGUCGAACCGACGGAUUCUGUACAAUCUGCUGCCGUCGCAUGUGGCGGCACACUUUUUGGAUAAUCAGUUCAGUCGGAAUAAUAUGGGAACACUCGGUACCAAUCAGGAUCUGUAUCAUCAGAGCUACGGUAAGGUCGGGGUGAUAUUUGCCAGUGUUCCAAACUUCCAUGAGUUUUAUACCGAGUUGGAUGGGUCGAAUCAGGGUGUGGAAUGUCUGCGGUUGCUAAACGAAAUCAUCGCCGACUUUGACGAGUUGCUGUGUGAGGAUCGAUUUCAGGCGAUCGAUAAAAUCAAAACCGUUGGCAGUACCUAUAUGGCGGCUGUCGGAUUGAUUCCGGAGUUUAAAAUGCUGCCCAACGAUCAGGGAUCGACGCGGAAAUUGAUGACGGCGUUGAUCGAUUUUGUUAAGGCGAUGCGAAUAACGUUGAAGAAUAUCAAUGAAAAUUCUUAUAAUAAUUUUAUGCUACGGGUUGGAGUCAACGUGGGACCGGUGGUGGCCGGAGUGAUUGGGGCUCGUAAGCCUCAGUAUGAUAUUUGGGGGAAUACGGUUAAUGUGGCCAGUCGAAUGGAUUCAACGGGGAUCCCGGGGUACACACAGGUGACACAGGAAGUGAUUGACAGUCUGCAGGGAAGUCAUUUCGAGUUCCGGUGUCGAGGUCAAAUCAAAGUGAAGGGUAAGGGAGAUAUGGUGACGUACUUUUUGUGUGAACAGAAUGAAAAUGCUUUGAAUGGUGGAGGAGGAGGAGCAGGUGGUGUUGGAGGAACCGGAGGUGGUGCUAACGGGACAACAAACCGGGAACGACAGACACCAGUUCCGAACAUAAUUUCCAACUAUCAAACCGACAACUUUCAUCAUUUGAACAUCAAUCAUGCGAGUGCGAGUCAACAGGGAUGCUACCAGGGACAGGCAGCACCGGUUCUUCAACCGCAAAGUUACUACAUGAAACGGUCCGAUAUGGACAGUGGAAGUGUGAAGAACACCACCAAAUGGCAAACCGGAAACGAUAGUUCGUAUUCGAAAAAGGAAAGCUAUAAUUUUUUGGAAAGUCCAAAUUUACUGAAUCAGCAACCUCCGAUUGGGCAGCAGCACCAUUAUCAACAGCAACAACAACUGCAACAGCAGGCCCAUCUGAAAGUUGCCUUCAAGCAUAACAACAUCAACAAUAAUAACCUAAUCAGUUCCGGUUACCACCACGGGAAUCAGAUUAAUCAACCGAAUAGCACCAACAAUAAUUACAACAAACGGAAUGAAUAUUUUUAUAGCAACAAUCCAACAGGUGGUGGGCAGCACCAACCGAGUUACAAUAUCCGUGAAAAUUUCAACAUCAUCGAAAACCCGAACGUCAAGGAUGUGGACGAAAACAAUCUGAAUAAGAUGAAUCAUCAUAAUGGGCACAAGGUACGGAACAGCAAAAACCAUCACCACCAUCAUCAUCACCACCGACACGAAGCACCGAUGGCACCCGGUAGCACCAAUCACAUAUCGAACAACCGUAGCGGUGCCUACGUGACUGCAUCGGAAAACGAACCGCUUCUAGGAUCCGGAAUGGUUGGAAAUGCAAUCAUCAAACCGAUCCAACAGAUCCAACAAAUCCCUAAGUACGAACCGCCACGUUAUGCGACCGGCAGUGCCGCAUUUCCCCAUCAUCAGACUAACAGCAACACCAACUACAACUUCCCGGUAGCUCCCAGUUACCAACAGGUAACGCAACCUGCCCAUAUGCAAAUAAAUGCCCGUCAGCACCAGCUUUAUCAACAACAGCAGCAACAAUUGCUGAAACAAUACAUCAAACCCCUGCCGAAGUUACCGCACGAGUUUGACGAAUCUCGUGAAAUGUCCUCCACGGAUGAUCUCAGUUCCCGACCGCGGUCGCCUUCGGUAAGUUCUUCGGAUGAAAGUUACUCGAAAACUACCGAAGGUGAAGACCUGGACGGUCAUUCUCCGCUUCCGCCACAUCAUCAACCGACUUACAUGAACAAUUUCAACAACCCGCUCCAGUAUCUGUACCCGGGGGACAUUCAGGUGGACCCGGGUAGCUCCCCUCCCAAAAUAAGUCCGAUUGAUUUCGCCAACAUGAAAGACUUCGAGGUUACCACGACGGCCGAAACGAAAUCGUCCGCCGUACCGAACAAGGGUGAAUCGUGCAACAGUUUCGAGUACCAUGACAAAGUCGGAGGUCCGGCACCGCCACCGCUCUUCCCGAAAUCACCGUUCGAACGGGAACUACAGCGACGAUUGGCGGAAUCACAAUCGCGGCCGAUGCUAGCCGGCAAUAACAAUUUGGACCAUCAGCACCAACAGCAGCAACAGGACCAGCAGUUGCAGCAGCACCAUCCGCCGGUACGAAGAGAAUCCUGCGAGAAAGUAAAGAAUGCUAACAAUAUGAUGUUAGCCAAACAUCCCGGAACGCUGGAAGCCAUCAAGGAAGCAACCCGGAACAAGAAUCCAAGCGAAUCGAGCCAUAUGCAAACCUCCGACACCGAAUCGUGUGAGAUCAUCCACGAUUACCGGCAGUCAGCGCAAACACGGGGUUCUUCGAUGGACAGCAACAACCAGCAGCAGCAGCACCAUCUGCAUCAUAACCAUCAUCACAACAGCAGUCACCACGGUCAGCACGGAGGUCAUCACCAGCAGCUACAGCAGUUAACGCAUUCGCCUCGGCUGCACAAACGCCAUAACCAUAACCAUCAUCAUCAACAUCAGCAGCAACAACCACCAAAGUACAGUGCGACUAAGAAAUCCUCUAACGAAACUUCGUCCAACAUCGAAGCGGAUGAAGAUUUACGACUGUCGAAUGAGGCAAUCUAUCGGGGCCGAGGGCGGGAUUCCGACGAUAUGUUGGAUGACGAUCAACCCGAUGAGGACGAUGUGGAUGAAGAGGAAGAAUCCGAAGAUGAUGACGAUGACGACGAGGAAGAGGAGCAAGACGACGAAAAUGCUCGCCAGAGAAGGCUUGGCGCGGCAAUCGCUGCUGAACGAAGGCGGAGUAAUUCGGAUGCUACGCGAAACUACAUUUCCGAUGAGCUGAAGUACGGGGCUGGCCAUAACCGGACCGAACGGGAGCGAGAUCUGAGCCAUCACAGUCACAGCCACAGUCAUCACAACAACAGUCACAGUUCCCAUCACAAUCAUCAAUCCUUGGACUCGAAUCAGGUUGAAAGCCAGUCGGAGUGGAGUGAUGACGAGUGUCGGGAGGAAGCGACCGGUGGUGCCGAGAGCACCGGCUACAUCACGGACGAACCCGGCUUGGAGAACAUAUCGCUGCUGAACGAGGCCGGCCUGACGGAUGCCGAAGGGGCCCUGUCGGAUGUGAACUCGCUGUACAACGCACCGGACGUGGAUGAUACGUCCGUAUCGUCCCGUGCCAGCAGCCGGCUGUUGAGUUUGGACUCGCUCAGUGGACUGUACGACUGUGAUCUGGACUCGAAGCACGAGAUGGCCAUCGUGAGCGUGUCGCACAAGAUUAGUAGUAAGUUUGGACCUUCGUCCGGUUGCAGUACCACUCCGCCGGCAUCGACGACCACACCGACCGUAUCGACUUCGGCUGCUGCUGCUUCUGGUGCUGUAGGUGCUGCGGCAGUAACCAGUGCUACGGCCACCAACUCGGCUUCAACGGGUUGAUUGAAAGAUUUUAAAUAGAGACACUGAAGUCGACAGCCACAAAACACAACUCACAUGCAACCUUAAAAGGUAGAUAGUAUUUGCAGAUUGUUGCUGCGCAGAAGAUGGUAAUUAUGUAAAUUAGUAACUUAUUCUUAUUUGAUAGUGGGGGGGAAGGUCGAAAGUCGAAAGUCUAAUACAAAGCAGUGGCAUUUCAUUUCUCGCUUGUGCUAUAAUAGAGAAUAUGCAUUUGUAACGUUAUUUUAUGGUAAACGUGAGGAACUCAAAACUAUCGAUUAAUUUGUUGGCUAUUUAUACUAGCGAGUGCUGUUGUGAUAAGACAGAAGUAGUUUUGGUGCAUAUUUGUACUGUUUACGUUUGUUUCUUGCGGCAAUAAUCAAAGGACAAAUUUACCCUCGUUUUCAACGGGGAACAUUUCGACUAGGUACUGAAUUGGUUACAUGAAUGCUCGAAUAGUCACCCACAGUCGUGUUUUCUGUAUUGAAGAGAUUGAAUUUGAAGCUGCUGAGGGAUGUGCUGAGCUCAUAUAUUAUAGUUUAAACAGGAUUCUGUAGAUGAAAAAGAUUUCCAUUCCGAACAAAAAAGACGAACGCGAACACAAUUCCGAAGCAUGUUCGCGUAAUACUGAUGCAGAUUCGGUUGAACUUUUGGUGCCGGUUGGUAACUGUUGACGAAGCCUAGAACCAUUAUUAUAGAAAACAGACUGAUUACCCGACAAUGGACUGAAGUCAGUUAUUAACGGUAAAAAAACAAACCUGUUUUGUCGGUUACGUUACUUAUACCAUUAUAUCUCUGGAACCAAAAUUCACAGUCUUUUGGAUUUUCGAACCUGAUCAAUACUAGCCUUCAAACGAGUCUAGACUUGUUUCCGAGAAAACUGUGCGGAAAAAAAAUCUUCGAAAGAAGCAUACACGUAAAUACAUACACAGCCAUUUACCGAUCUCGUCGGGCAGAGUCGAACACUACGGGUCUCCGAGGCUCCGUUCGAAAUCCAGAGCUUUCCUGCAUUACCUUUCUAUAGAGAAAGUUAAGUACGAAAAAUGAUGGAACUGUGUAUUGAUUUUCGCCUGUUUUGGAGGUAGGACUACGUCUUUCUUUUCUAUACUCACCUGGGUGCAUCUUCACGUACAAAGAAAGCCCUUCACAAAGAUGCUUCUGUAUUGAAUCAAUCCGCAUUGUAAGCAGUUCUGCUGCAGGGCGGAAGAGAAAAUUGCAAGCACUUCCCUGGCCUUCUGCGGUAGUAGGAAACGGACGUUUGGAAUCUGCUAUGAUCAUCAUUCGCACCGUUGGAUUUGUUUGGUGCAGAGCUAAUAAAAGUUAUUUUCAUUGAUCCAAAAUAGACGUAAAAGACAAGAAGCUAAUGUCAUUCUCAGCUUCGCUUGCAAACUAUGAGAAAGAAAUACAUGUGCAGACAACGACAUAAGAGGAAAAGUAAUUUCAAAAUUGUGUUCUUUCUUUUCCAUGUGUCCUUUCAGUCUUUUUCGGUUUUCAGUCCCAUCGCAAACUGUGCAGUAUUCAACCGUAGCUUUGAGAAUCGAUAAUGACAGGAAACGAUUCACAAUGAUUUUUACCUGUUGGUACUCGAAUCUAAUUACUUCUAUUUAUCAUAUUUUAACACGCUUUAUAGCCAAGCGUCGCUGAUUUUCAAUACAUCGAUGAAAGAAUGAGAAUCGGAAUUCUGCUGAUGCUCCCUGCAGACGUUAGUUUGGUUUCGUUUUGUCAUAAAGGAAAGAGUGACGUUGGCAAUUAUACUCUCUCUUUUUUCAAUGAGAAACGAAAAUGCUUCGUCUCUCUUCGUUUGGUUUGGAUACGGUCACUUACGAAUGAGACAACAAAAUAACGAAUGUUGACUAUGUUGGAUUAAUUUCUUUCAUUGAGAAUGCGUGAAAACUUUAAGCUCUGGUUCGCAGUACGAGUUUCGCUUGAGAACGAUUACAUGGUCAUUCCAUUGCUGAUUCUUUGCAUUUUAGUAAAAUGCACCGAAAAGUGAACGACACCGGAAAAAAAUCAAUUAAUCAACCCUUCUGAAGGCUAUAAAAUUUUCCCAAUGAGCUAUUCUUCCAUUGAAACAUGUUUGCAAAUCAAAAGUAAAAUUACUAGUUUAGUGCAAAUCCACCACAACAUUAUCAAUUUAGUGCACCGUUCGCCAUUCAAACUUCGCAUCAAACAAAUGCAAAUAAAUCCAACAUUCAGCUGAUUUGCAUUCAAGAAAAAAGGAACCGAACAGUGUUAAAUAUCGAAAAAAAUUCUAUAACUCAGCACUUCUAAGGGCCAGAAAUAAAUUCCAAGUAACAUUAAGACAGUUUCUUAAGCUGAAAAAUGAACUAAUCAAACUCAAAAUUCUAUAUGUUGUUAUUUUUGUAGACGUUAGGACCGCCCAAUUUGACAAAAUGUACAAGUGAAAUCACGUCACAAAAAUUGCUUCAGCAUCGAAUUAAUCCGCACUGUAAGCAAUUCAGAAAAAGUGAAGCAUUUAGCGCUAGCGAAAAACGAACGACUUUGAUCUACUUUGUUCAUGGUUUCCCAGCGUUGGAUAUGUUGGAAGUACACCGUUCGCAGUGCGGCUAUCGCUUCAAACAGGGGCGGAACAUAAAUCGAAGUAUUUCUAAGAACUAUAAUUGAGAGUGCUACAAUCCGCAAUCACGGUCAAAUCAUUUAGCUCCUGGUCAGUGUUUCCACACCAAAUGAAGCAAAGACGUUCAACUUCAUGAGUGCCACGACUCGGUGCGGAACGUUAGCGCUGUAGGCACACAAGCAGGUAGCAGAUUUACUUUGUGCGUCGUUCACCUGACGAGAGGCAACCAACCGAUUUGUUCGGAAAUUUGCUCGCGAAAAUAAUUGUCAACUGUGUCAAAUGUCGAAGAACUGUUUACCUUCGGUUCUUUUCAGAAGCUAAAGCAUUUUACAAAGAACUAAGGAGAUUUUACUUAGCGAUUUGCUUCUUGUCGACAGUAGUACUACGUUAAUCUCGCGGUUAUGUCACUGAAAUUAUGAUCAUUGCUCGAUUAUUGCGCUUUGUAGGGUUUCAACAAGUUCAAAAAAUGUACACGGAACCACCCGCGAUCCCAUUUCAACCAGAAUAUUAGUUGAUUUUCUGAAUUCGGUUAAAAUUUGGUACAACUAAUCGAUUGUUGUUUUAACUAAACUGUCAUUUUUGAUUUUCGAUUAGCAGAAACGAUGGUUGAAACAACUAAUUUAACUGUUUGAAAAAAAAAAUGCUGUCAAUUAGUGAGGACACAUACCUUUCAAUUUCAACAUAUAUUUUAGUUGAAAUAACUGGUGUUGUUAUUGAAACAAAAUUCUGUUAGUUGAAAAAUAAAUCGGUUUUAUUUGUUUUAGACAUUGCAAAUAGUUGAAUCAAUUCGAACAAUGUUAUUGAUUUGCGAAAAUUUUAGUCAAUUUAUAUGAGCUUGGGUGCAUCAACCGCUGGGAAUUGGAAUUUUGCGACGGCAAUUCAAACGCGCCAUUCAAUCGCAGCGCGUUCUGUGUGUUUGAAACCCUUCGCUCUUGUUACUUUCAUAAAUUAAAUUCAUGUCAAAAAGCGUUUUAUUGCUAAUGCAUGAAUAUCAUCAUCGGUAUCAAACAGCUGGAAGUAAAACAGUCUGCUGGAAGUAAACCAAUGAUCGAAUUUGAAGCACAAAAUUUUUGCGCAUACCUGAAAGAUUACGAGAUGAUGAUUAACAUUUUCUAAUUUGUCACCAAAUCUUUUUCAUCUUAAACAAGGUUAACUUUAUCACAACACCUCUGUUAGCUAAACACUUGUUAUCAUAAAUUUCUCAAAUUGAACACAAUUUCACCAAACGCUUCAACCAUCGAUGUUGUUUUCAUUGACAUUUUAAAACGACGCGAACAGAUUUCAACUAAAAAAGUUGUUGAUUUUGCAUUGCAAUUAUUGUUUUGCUUUCAACUGUCUCCGGCAUUUGACAGCAUUCAAAACAACAUAUUUUUCAACUCCUUGAAUAUAUGCAAAUCAAAAACCAUAUUGGAUUAAUCAAAAAUAAAUUAGUUAAAUCAACUAUAGCAGAAAUCAAAAACUGCGAUAUCGCAAUUUUAUGACCGAAGGAUAUUCCGUGUAGUUUUGAAAUUUUGUUGCACUAACCUCUAACCCGCGCUAUGCCAGGUCCAUAGAGUCCACCUUCCUCUUUCUCCAAGAACACCUUUUUGACGGAUCAUCCUUUCCUCCGAGUUAGCCUAGCCUCCUUUGAGACAGUAGAGUGCGCUACUUCAACCUUACGUACGCGCACUUUAUCUCGUGCGUCCGCCAUUCUGUUUGCCUGCGGUCCGAUUCUGAUCUCCAACACAUCCAUGACUUCCAGUAAUGGUGAGUAGUCUUCGUUGAAGACACACGCACUCAAAAAACCGCAACUAGCACGAUUGUUUUCGCCGAACGAAAACGCCUUGGAUUAUCAUCGCAACUCGUAUCUUGGCUGAACUCAUAUCUGUUCGAUAAGAAAUUACGCGUGAAAAUAGACCACAGCACAUCAUUCGAGAUUUCCAUUAAAUCGGGUGUCCCACAGGGUAGGAUUUUAGGACCUUUGCUAUUCGUAUUAUUCUUCAACGAUGUGGUGUUGCUUUUGGGAGCUGGAUGUAAAUUAGUCUACGCAGAUGAUUUAAAACUGCAUCUCGUUGUUCGUAGUUUAGAUGAUUGCCGGCGACUAUAAUGUCUGCUAACAUUGUUCACCAAACAAACUCAUCAUAAAUGUAGCCAAGUGCCAAGUUAUUACAUUUCAUCGGAUUUUAUCUCCAGUCAUAUUUGACUGUAACAUUGACGGUACAAUUAUCUUUAGACUGGAUCAAGUGUGUGAUAUAUUGGUUCGGUGUUCGUCGGUCACAAAUCGUUCCGAAAGCUACACGCCAAUUGGAUUUCAUCGAUAAGGUUGCAAGGGACUUUAAAGACCCGCUUUAAAGAUCUGAAGGCUUUUUUUUUGCUCACUCAUCCGCCCAAUUCUCGAGAACACGUCGAUAAUCUGCUUCAGCACAGAUUCCAUAGAACUGGAACUGGAACUUUUCUGUAAGACUCAAGCGAUCAGCAAAAAUUUGACUAUAGAUAAUUUGCUAUAAGUUGUGUGUACUUUGUUUAGAACACACUUCUUCCUGUAGAUCCGGAAUACCGUUUUUUGGGCCUAUUGUUUGUGAAAGUCGGUAUAUCCGAUGUGAGUUUACGUGGUCUUCAACUUACGAGACUUGUAAACUAGAGGAAUGAAUUUACUAGCUUUGAAAAGUUAGAUCAUCUUUACAUCUUUUUCUGUGAAGGCUUACUCUCAAACUUGCAGUUUUUCAUCUCAUCACCCUGUAAUUCCGGAACCGAAAGUCAGAUCCAUAUUGCAUAGCCUUUCAAUAUGAAAAAGGCAAAAAAGCAAAGCCGUCGUAUUGCAUCCCUUCGGAGGAACUUGACCUUCUGUUUCAAUCGAACCUUUGCAUGAUUACCCCUACUGACACUAAGAAUCCUUCUAGGUCGCGGCUCGAACGUACGACAACUGGCUUGUAAGACCAGUGCCUAAAAACAACCCACCCGGGCUCAUAAACUUUCUUGCAUAAACUUAAAUACACAGGGGAAAAAAUUGAACUAGCUUAAAACGAAUUUGAACUUUGAUGAAUGCCUUUCCUUUGUUCACUGGCUAAUGAAAUGAGCAAAACAUUUCUUCCGACGGUUCAUUGACGAUAUCAAAAUCCAACAGCUCUGGGUUUCCAACUUACGAUUUUGAGUUCUACAACGACAUCUGCUAUAAAUGCUACCGAUUGAUAAUAUGCCGCUCAUGCAAAUGUUUCAGAACCGGUCGAUUUAGCCAACUUUUCGAUUCACGGCUGCCAUCAAACACAGGGUGUCCCAUGAAAAAUUUCGAAUCUAAAAAUGCAAUAAUAAAAAGUAGGGUGGGUAAUGUCGGAGACAUAACUGGGAGUCGUGAAUACGAAUAAAACUGACGUUCUUCUAUUCACACAUUCGUUCGUUAGUUCCGAAGCCUGGGACUGCAAUAUGCAAUAUUCAUGCUUGGAAUCCAGUUCUUAAGUUCUCAACAUGCUCAUAAAUUUAGUUCUAUAAUUCUGCAACUGAACUCAUUAGAAUCCAGCUUCCGAAUUUAUUGUUAAAACUCUAAAAUCUAGUUCCAGAACCCAAGUUCUGAGCUCAAUUCCAGCAUGCAAGUCUGGAAAUUAAGAUUUAAGAAUUAAAUUCUUAAACUGAAUUGAGGAAUUAAAAUAUGGUUCAGAAGUCAAUUCCAAAAUUCUGGUUCGGAAUUCAGAUCAAAAAUUUUGUUCCAGAAUCCAGAUCUAGAAUUCACAUCUUGAGUUUGUCCCGGAACUCUGUGAUUGAAUUCUUGUAUAAAAAUUCUAAAUACGGAUUCCGAACUUAAAUUAAGGCGCUAAAAUUUAGCAUUUAGUUCCAAAACUCUAGUUCCAGUUGUAAAGUUUGAACCUGUAUUCUGAAACGGAAAUUAUAUUUUGAAUCUUAAAUUCAGAAUUCAGGUGGACCAGAACUCAGCUUCUGAUUUCAAUUUCAGAAUCCAAUACAAAUGAGGAUUUACACUCCGCAGAUGGUCUGUUUUGGCUGCUGCUGUUCGAAGGUACUCAUUACGACCUCUAGUCCCGGCUGAAGCAUGAAAAGAAUUGAUCGAUUUUUGACCAAGGUUUAACAUUUAUACUCGCCCAGUUUAACAUCGGAACUAAGACUAUCUCGAAACUGUCGCCCGAGUGCGAAAAAGGCAAGCAAACGUGAUAAGUUUUCCUAAUUGUCUCUUAAAGUUUGAGAAAACUGAAUUUUUGAGUUAUUUUAGGGUUAUUUAACACUGUUGAAAAUUUAAUCAUAAAUUGCUGAUAAUAUCUCUGAUGGCAUGAAGAAAAAAUUAUGUUAUUGCGUUUAGUACAAUUCCAGAUAUUAACGAUUGAGUUCUAUCCAUUCUUUCACAGGGCGAAUUUUGAAAAGACACCUCAUAGUAAAGUGAGACCUAUUCAAGUCAAAUAAAGGAUUUCAAUGAUUAUACAUUUAUUUGAAAGGUUGAUUCAUGCAACUUUUAUGAAAAUAAUUUCAUUCAAAUGACCCCCACGACUUACUUGACAGUAGCCAAUCCGAUCCACCCAAUUUUUGAGUACAUUUUCAAUUAUUUCUGGCUUUAUGUCAUCAAAUUUCGUGAUUUAGGUCUUCAAUUGUUUCUUUUAUGCUCGGCGUCUUAUCUUUAACCGCUCCCCAAAGAAAAUAACCCAGCGAUGUCAAAUCGCAGCAUUUCGGAGGCCAAUUUACAUUACCAUUUCUGCCGAUUAUUCGAUUAGACACCCUGUAUAAUUAUGACGAAAUUCUCAGCACUGAGAAAGGAAACAUUUCACAACAUCAACUGUCAGAACAUUUCGGAUCCAACAACUAGAAGCGCUACGGUGAAAGAGCUGGCCUUUCGGUUAGUCUAUGUCCAUCGAUUUCCAUCCAUUAUUCGUCAAAUCAAAUGAAAUUUUCAACGUGGCACAAACCUUAAAAAGUAAAGCAGUAAAUUCUUCUCCUUUUCCGCCCAGUGAACGGCGAUUGAGUAACCAAUUCAAUACCUGCAUCGAAAAAAUAAAAAAUCUUGUUGACAACUCGAAUAUGCAUCACAAACGCCGCCUGCUUUGCUACUCCUGGUAGCAUCCGUUGUUUACGUUCUCUGAUUAUGCAAUAAUUCAACAUAAAUGACAACACAAUAGAAAUGGUUUCAUCUGAGUUGCUCAGUCAAAUGUAGUUAAUAAAAAUAAACCGAACAACACCCCCUUAAACUAUGUGAUAAACCAAAUAUGCACUUCAAAAUGCUGGAAUUGUACAGAUUAUCAAAAACAUGAUUUCACCUACCUGACUUGGAUUUCCUCGUAUGUGAAAAAUUCUAAAUACCUAUCCUCUUAUCAUAGCAGAAGAAAAUCUUUCAGCACAAAAACAAAAACGGAAAACCGUAGAUUAUAUCAGCACGCAAAUACAUUUAAAAAAUUCCCAUGGAAACGAUAUUAGGUGCCGCACUCUACUCAUAUAAACAAACAAACAAACAAUACAAAAAAACACAGAACACCGAGGGAAUCUUUAACUGAGGAAAAGACUUGAAAAACUGAGUGAGUGGAGAGGGUGGAAAACCAGAAAUUCAACCAACGUAAGAGCACGAGAUAAUGAUGUUAAGAGUAAUCAAACCAUUAUAGACUAGUAAGCGUAAGCGUUUUAUUUUUCUAUUAUCCGGGGCACCGCAAAUGCCUUUUGUUGAAAACAAAAUAUAUGAAAAACUAAUUACUAUUAGCUGUUUUAUAAUAGACUUUUUAGGUGUUUCAGUUCAAAUGUAUAGUAAACAAAACAAAAAAAUUAAUGCUCUCACUUUUACGAAACAAUGGAACCGAAAAUCUCUGUACAGUUUCAAACAAAAAAAUAAAAUGGUUCCAAGAUGUAAAAAAAAACAAACCAAAAGUCGCUUGCGCAAACCCACCUCUUUUCCCCUCAUCACUUUUAGGCUCAGACGACGACGAGACGAGAGUGUUGAAACAGAAAUCAUGGAGCAACAAAAAAAACAAGUAACUAUUUGUUCUAUACUUACAUAAACCGACACAAGCAAACACAAGUCACGCUUUCUAAAAGCUGUCUGUCUAUAUCUAUUUAAAAUAGGAUCUUAAUAUAUUUUUACUAAACGACUUAACUUAAAAUAAUAACGACUACAUUUAAUAAUAAUAAUUUAUAUCUGGCAAAUGAAUGAUUAAAUUUAUUGAACCUUUAUUGGAAACCCUCUGACAAACGAAGAAAGGUAAAAUGAAUGGCUUAGUCUGUAAGGAAACGAAUAACAAAUCGAAUUCAAAAUGAUCACGCAAAAAAAAGUCUAGGCGGUUUUAUCCUCACAACUCAAAACGGAUAUUUUUGGCGAGUGCGCCAACCCAAAAAGCUUACACAUCACAUCUAUCUAUCAUUCAGCAUCCUACCAAACAGGUGAUCAUGACUUAAAGAAGAUUUGCCAUUUGCUAUCAUCAACAGUGUAACAGUAACACAGUAAACAAAACAGUCAAUUGUCGUGCUUGUCACCUCAUACUUUGAAAAUCUCGUUCCGAUAUUAUGCUGUGCAAACAUUGGAUAUUACAAACAAUACAAAAAGAAAAACCCGAUCAGGAAAAGGGCUUCAUCGGCUGGAAUUGUAAGUGAAUCUUAUGGAAUUUAUUCUUAGCAAACAGCAGCAGCAGUGUAGUAGCAGCUGUAAUUGCUUCGAAGAGAAGUGUAGAGCAGAGCUGUUUCUAUAAUACAGAAAUUACAGAGAAAAAAGUGAAGAAAA